UUAAAUGUUAACUUGUUAACUGUUAAGUAUUUUUGAGUUCUGCAGUCUACGUAGCUUCUUUUAGCUCUGCGGAAAUCGGAUUGAAUUUCAUUUUUUUUUAUCUUUUUUAUUUUUAAACAGUUCAAGAAAGGCUAUUGCAGAAUUACCGAUACUUCAAGUACGUGCGACAGUUGUUGUUAUCGUGGGAUACGGCGAUGGCCGAGAACAGUGGAGUCAACACGCUACCAGAUGAGACAGAAAACCAAGACCUGGACGAACUCCACGAGGAUGGAGAGUAUUUGGAAGUAAUCGAUUUGGACGAGGCUCUUGGAGAAGACGAGCGAGAAGAUCAGGAUGAGACAUGGAUUUCGGACGAAGAGCUGGAAACGGAUGAACCAGAGGAGGAAGUUAUGAGGCCAUCGUUCAACGGUAUCGAAGGUGUACCCGUUGUGGCACCUGUACGCGUUUUUAAGGAACAUCAAGGUUCUGUUUUCUGCCUCGCUGUGGACAGCUUGACAGGAUCCACUGUUAUUUCCGGUGGCGAAGAUGAUAAAGCUUACAUAUGGAGUGCCGAUUCUGGGCAGAUCAAAUCAUGCAGCUCAGGUCAUAAGGACUCGGUCGUGCAGGUGGGAUUUUCACAUGAUUCCGUAUUUGCGUUCUCGGCUGAUAUGAGCGGCUCUAUAAAAGUAUGGCGUGUGGCAAAUGGGGAAGAAACUUGGAGCACCGAAACAUCUGAUCUAAAGUGGGCUAGAUGGCAUACAAAGACACAUAUUUUGUUUGCCGGAACAGAAGAUGGGACGUUCUACAUGUGGUUAGUGCCACAUGGACAGUGCAAGGUGCAACAGGUUUCCGGAGCUAUCACGGUUGCGGAAUUGUUUCCCAACGGUAAAUGUGUUUGUGUUGGUCAUGGAGAGGGCGCGCUGAGUGUGUUGGAUUUGAAGGAAUGGAGAAUCAUGCAUACUGUUCCAGGUCGAAGGGGAAACGAAGGGGAAAUACUCUGUGCAGCUGUUAGCACGGAUGGGAAUUUAAUUGCUUGUGGAAAUUCUACCGGAAGUGCGCGCCUUAUACAGUCCCAAACGGGAAGAGUACUGUAUUGA